AUAUAAGACACGUGGCUCGUGUCUGCCAAAGAAAAUAUUUAUUUUGUGCGAUAGGUAGUAGUUUGCUACAAAUUUGCAUUCCUGCUAAGCGAGCUAAAGUAAUAAAUAUCAGAACUUUUAUGACAUAAAGAGGAAAAAUAAGGUAAAGCUUGUUGCAAAAAUUUGUUUAUCUUUUCCCCCCCCCCAAAAAAAAAAUCCAAAAAAAUCCCGUUCAACGAAUUCUUAGACAUGGAAGGUAAUAAUAGUUUUAAUGAUAGUAAGUCAAACGUUACUCUCUCAACGGAGGCGAAUUCAUCAAAAAAGGAAGCUUUAUGAAAUUGUCGUUCCGCUCAUGCUGACGACGUGUUUAGUCUCUAUGUUUUUUAAUUUGGUUAUCGUAAUCUCCGUAAAGUGGGUCCGUCGAACCGUUUCUCCCACGCUCUGCUUCAACCUGAGCCUGGCUGCAGCCGAUGCUUACGCGUCUCUGAUUCUAGGACUUGGUUUAGUGAUCAACAGCCUACUUCCCGAAGUGUACGGCAUUCGGCUUCAGACUCGUUGCAUCGCCCUGACUCUGGAGGCAUUUCGGCUGGGCGGGCUAUCUGUAUCCGUUUACCACCUGCUAGCUUUGACCGUAAACCACUACGUGGGAAUAGUACGUCCACUCCACUACGCCGCGACCGUGACACGAAGAGCGGUUGCAGCGACUGUCAGCGGCAUCUGGAUCGGUUCCUUGUCCUUCUUCUUUUUAUAUUUUUCUUUUGUACGAAAUCAAGGUUUUCAGUCACCGUAUUGUAGCAUAAACACGUUCUACCAACUCUCGACGUUCAGAAUCAUCGUUUCGACACUGUUCUUUCUGCCUCUGGUCAUCAUGACCGCAGUUUACAGUCACAUCUUAUUCGUGGUUCGUCAACACCAACAGAGACUCCUUCAAGUGCCCUCAUCUCGCCAGUUUCACCGAAACGUGAAGGCUGUGGUCACUACGCUCCUGAUCCUAGGUACCUAUCUCCUGUGUUGGAUGCCUGCAGUUCUCUUCUUCGCUGUCAGCUGUCUAGACUGUGUAGCUCCUUACACACAAAUACCAGAAAGUGUUCUCCUUCCAGUUGGAAUCGUCAUAAACAGUCUCAUUAUUCUCAAGUCUUUGGUCAACCCUGUAAUUUAUGCGGCUCGCAUGACAGAAGUUCAAGAGGCUCUCCGCGCCAUGCUCCCCACAAAGUGCGAGGUUCAACCACCUGACACGACCGUCAGACAGCGAGCCCUGCUCCGUAGAAGCGGCACCUUCUCGUCCAGUACCAGAAUGGUGUCCUUCCGUUACUCCACUCACAGCCAGCGCCAUAUAUCGGGUUGUGAGGAAAGCUAUACAUAGUUGACAGGUUUAAUUAAACAGUUACUGGAGAGAUUCCCACCUGCGAAUGUGCAUCUGCUAACUUUGAGAAAAGACACCAGUUCGUAUUAUAAGUCAGAAUUUCUGUGAUAAGCAGCAUGCAGC